UUUUCAAUCCGUCAGAUACUUUCGUUGUGAACGGUCGUGCUCCGGUCAAAAGAUUUUCAAAAGAUCGUGAAAAUAAAAAAACCUAAUAAGUUGAAGAUAGUGCCAAAGGUCACAUACGGCUUUACCAAACCACAAAUAAAAAGUGCCUUUAACCAAUACGUGAGAGUUCAAUAGGUUUCUGUUGCUAUCAAAGCCGUCAUUGUAAAUAAAUGAAAUAAAAACCAACAAACCAACAAAACUAUUCAAACACCGUUUUUGGAUACGCGCUAUUUUUAAAGAUCUUGGAUGUCCUUGGCGGCUAUGGCGAAAACCAACCCAGAAAAACUUUACAUGCAACUAAGCGCAUCGGAAUUAUCAGCAAUUAUUAUGAAAGAUUCACCCAAUUCCAACGACCGUGAUGCGGGUUUUUGUUCCGCCAGUUCGGAAAGCGAAGGCGGAGACGACUUGGUCGUCGAGCACGCGCGCAGUGGCAGUCCCGACAUCAGACCAAAAGGAACGGACUCGGCGGACUCCAAGCCAAUAGCCCUUGUCCGCAACAAGCGCAAGAGUUCGGAACCCUUCAAAGUCGUAGGUUUGACGACUCCCAAGUCGAACUCCAUGCCUGGUCCCCCGUCCAGUGCGAGUAUGAAUGCAACUGGUCCACUCAAGAAACGCAUACGCUACACAUCUUCCGCCGAUUCGGCGGUGGUCCUAACACCACCAGCCAUAGACUCUCCACCACCACCACCCAACAGUUGCAUGUCUUCCACGUUGGGCCUGCAGCACCAAAUAAUGCCCAACCCCGCGCACAUAUAUGUGCGCCAUCCGGGAGUUACGACUCUGCACAGAUCGCUUCCUGCCCAUCCAGAACAGUUGGAACCACUCGCAUUGGUAACCACCAAAAAGCCAUGUGUCGACAACGCGGGGCCCAAAAUAGAGGUGUAUUCCACAAUGCCAAAUGGGAAGCAGCCAUCCGCCAAAAAAACUUUGAAGGAAAGGACGCAAAAAGAAUCAGCGGCAUCUUCAUUCCUAGACGCCAGUCUUAGCGAUGACGAUCUAUGCAAGGCGGGAUUGGCAUCCAUGUCGCGUCCCCAUCAACACCAACAUCAACGCAAUUACAAGAACAUGACUAGGGAGCGCCGCAUCGAGGCAAACGCACGUGAACGGACCCGUGUCCACACCAUAUCCGCCGCCUACGAAACACUGCGCCAAGCUGUUCCAGCUUACGCCAGCACUCAGAAACUUUCCAAACUCUCCGUUCUUCGCGUGGCGUGUUCCUAUAUACUGACUUUAAGCAGAAUGGCUGGCGAGGAUUACAGCGCCGAUCAAUCCGUACCGUCCAUUGCCUCGUGCUUGGAAGCUGUAACAUCAACCAUCCAAACGGAGGGAAAAGUGAAGCGAAAGAAGGACGAAUAAUCUGCCCACUUUCGUGGCUACCUUAAUCUUCUCUAGACUUUAAAUGCGACUGAUUUCUGCUAUUUUUAUAAAUAUUUGCGCUUCAGCUAGGUUUAUCUGCAUACAGCAUUCCUAUCCACAUACUUUGAGUCUUGGCCAGUAGUGGCCUUAUAGCUUUAAAAGUUUUCAAGGCUUUGUUAGAUAUACAGACGAUAUAUGUUUAAGAAUAAUUUUUAAGUAUGCCUGCAUACGAUUUGUACUUUAUAGUGACAUUGUUAUGAAUAAAUACUAGCGAUGUGAUCUUAAUUUAAUCUCUAUUUACUGAAGCAUGUUCGGCAGUACAAAUAGUCAGCGCCAACUAAAUGAAAAGACAAUAAUCGGUAUCCUUAAUACUUAAAUGACAAUAAUGUGAACCAUAUAUUUACCUAAAAUGUUUCAGAUUCUUGUUUCAAACAGGAUUUUUAUAUUAAUAUACAAAUAUUUAAAAGAAGCUAUACAAAUUUUAGUUUGUGUAAAUAACUGUAGACGUUUCUUCUCAAAUUGUAAUCUCAUUGUUUUGUAUAAAUUGACAUAUAUAUGUAUGUACCCACGUAUACAUAAGUGUAAGUGCCAUAGAAUCAGGAAAUACACAAAACUGACUAUAAAGAGAACGUAUUUUUAUAUAGAGCUGGGAUUUCAGGUGGCCGCUAGAGACAAUUGUUAUUUGGGUUGAUGUUAAAACAUUAGUCAUCUGGGUGCAAGAGCACUGAAUACUUCAAAGCAAGGCAACCAUAUAGAAAUGACGGUGUUAAGGGUUAUUUUAUGUCUGUACGUUAAGCAAUCUUAUCGUUUGCAACAAGCUAUUUCGUGAUAUUAAAAACUCAACAGGUGCGCAAAGAACGACAGGCUAUCGAUUUAAGUACACCUGAACGCAUCCACGUUAUCAUAACGCGUUUUGGCACAACUUACUCCUCUUAUCAGGUUCAGAAAUAUAUUUGUCAGCUUAUCUAGCAGGCACAAAGUUUACCAAUAUUACAGUAAGUUGACAGUGCACGAGAACUCAUGACGUUUUCUAAAAGAGCUCAACACUAUUAACUAUGCAUAUAAUUAACAACGUACCUGCAUCUAGUUGACCCAGUGCAAUAUCCAGAACAAAUUACAUCAGCUAAGAAUCCUACGGAAAACAGGUUAAUAACAGCAAUUUUCGAUCACAAUAUAAUGACUUAAGCAUGGGCGUUAUUCAACAGCAGGUGGUUGAGCUAGCACUUGAUUGUAUACAUCUAUCCCAAAGUACCUUC